ACUGUACUCACCACGCACCGCCACCAGCCACUUAUCACCACACUUGCCUGACAUUCACACUAGUGUUGGCCUGGUUAGUGCAGUGUUAAGUAGUCCUGAUAUAGAUACACUUCGUUAUGUAAAUACGGUGACAGAGAAUGUAUGAUAAUAAUUCUAGUGACGGCUAAGAUCAAUACUGUAUUCUGGCAUCAGUUUGGAGUUUGGACAACACUAAUAAUACAUUAAGUAGUGUCAGUUUUAGAAAAUACACUACUGUUAAGUGGUGGAGAUAUAUGGUGAUUUGUGGUUGGUUAACAACUAAGACACACAACUACAUCGUCACACUAUGGAAGCGAAGAUACUAACAAAAGCCUCCCUCCUCUUCCUCUGUAUGACUUUAUUAGACGUUAUGCAAGGAUUAAAUGCAGACAAAGGAACAGCUCGAAGGUUUGAGAUCGACUACGAGAACAACAGAUUCCUAAAAGAUGGGUCGCCUUUCCGCUACGUGUCAGGUUCUAUCCACUACUUCCGUGCUCUCGCCUCUCAGUGGGCUGACCGACUCUGGAAGCUCCGUAUGGCGGGCUUCAAUGCGGUCCAGACGGUGGUGGAGUGGUCCAGCCAUGAGCCAGAACCCGGAGUGUACGACUUCUCGGAGAACCGCGACCUAGAGACCUUCAUCAGGACGGCCCAGCAGCACGACCUUCUGGUGAUCCUGCGUGUAGGACCUUUCAUCUGUGCCGAGAGGGACAUGGGCGGUUUACCUUACUGGCUGUUACGUCUCCAUCCAAACAUCCGACUUCGAACCUCAGAUCAAGCUUUCCUGAGACACGUCGACGCCUGGUUCGGUGAGAUCUUACUGCCCAAAAUCAAGCCUCUGCUGUAUGAGAAUGGCGGCCCGGUCAUCAUGGUGCAGGUGGAAAACGAGUACGGGUCCAGCGGCCCGUGUGACUUCAGGUAUACAGCGCAUCUUCGUGAGCUCCUCCGUCACCACCUGGGUCCUGACGUGGUGCUCUUCACUGUUGACUCCGCUGGCGUCAACAACCUCAAGUGUGGCAGGAUACCUGAAGUCUAUGCUACCGUCGACUUUGAUCUGAAAGCGGAUCCCGAGACAAUGUUUAGAGACCAGAGGCUCUUUGAACCCCGGGGUCCUUUGGUCAACUCUGAGUUCUACCCUGGAUGGCUCGACCACUGGGGAGAGCCUCACCACACUACUGACUCUCAGGUGUUGGCAAGAGGUUUGGACUCCAUCUUGGCUCUCAACGCGUCUGUCAACAUGUAUAUGUUUCACGGCGGCACUUCCUUUGGCUUUGCAUCAGGCUCAAACGUGGGGUCAAAAUUCCAAGCAUGUCCUACCUCUUAUGACUAUGAUGCCCCCGUGUCAGAGGUAGACCCCACAGCCAAGUACCACUCAUUGAGGGACGUUGUUGGCAAGUAUCUAGAGCUACCAUCAGGACCUCUUCCGAAGGCCUCCCCUAAGGCAUCCUACGUGUCAGCUCUACCAGGCCAGAGCCUCACCAUCAUUGUGGAGAGUCAGGGGCGUGUUGUAGGUCCUCGACUCAACGACUUUAAGGGUCUCACCAGGAACGUCAGCAUCAAUUACCACAAGCUGGAGGGGUGGACGAUGACUCCACUACCCCUUACUAACUUCACCCGCCUCCACCAUGCCCUCCAUCGCCUACACCAAACUCUGGCGCCCCGCCCUCUCUUGGGGACACGUCGCGGGGGGAUGACCUUCUACCAUGGCAACUUCAGCGUCCCUCAUGAUGACCAACACCCUCUUGAUACCUUCCUCCGCCUAGAUGGCUGGUCCAAGGGUAUGGCGUGGGUGAAUGACUUUUGCCUAGGUAGGUACUGGCCUGAGGUGGGUCCCCAGGUCACUCUCUACGUGCCCCAGGGGGUGUUGAGGCGGGGCACAAACACCCUAUUACUGCUGGAGCUGGAGGCCGCACCCUGCCUCACCCCACACACCUGCCACGUCACCCUCAUUAACACACCUGAGGUAGAUGGACCCUACCCCAAAUGAGGCCGCACCUUGCCUCCUUCCACACACCUACAGCAUAGCACCACCCUCGUCCACACACCUGCAGCAUAGUACCACUUUCGUCACAUACCUGCAGCACCACUCAUUUACAACACACCUGCAGCAUAGCACCACCCUCGUCCUCACACCUGCAGCAUAGCACCACCCUCGUCCACACAUCUGCAGCAUAGCACCACCCUCGUCCACACACCUGCAGUACCACACCCGUUUAUGCGACCCUCCUCUAUAAAUCAAGGCUCCAAAAUGCGUGACAUCAUCCCUUCGAGAUACCAGUUCUGUUUAUAUAUGUUUAACUCUAAACAUUUAUUUUUCGUAAUAUUAUAUCUUUUUAGUUGGAUCCUAAUUAUAUAGUGUUCUAACAUAUUCGGUAGUAAUGUAUCAGGGCAUUGCAAGAAUAAACACAUCUCACUGAAA